AUGGGUUGCUGCAACGAUUAUUGUUUUCCGCCAAAAGAAUCAAGGGAGCCGAUACGGUACGAUCCAAACUUCAACGGACCCAUCCACAACCGUUCUUGCACGGACAUCGUUUGGCUAAUCGUAUUUAUCCUUUUCCUCGGAGGAUGGGGAUACGUCGGAUACUACAGUAUGACCAGAGGCAAUGUCGAAAAACUUUUGGCACCUAUUGAUUCGAACGGACGACGUUGUGGACUUGACUCUGGCCUUGAAGACAAAAAGUACUUAUUAUUCUUCAACAUUGCAAAAUGCUUAACACCCGGCACGCCGAUAACGGGAUGUCCUACGACACAAGUAUGUGUAUCACAGUGCCCUUCGAAAACAGUUCUAUUGGAAAAGGAGAUAAUACAAAAUCCUUCUUCGUUUAACCAAAUAAAAAGCGAUAUGGUGUGCACAGACGGCCUCGACGUCCAAACAAUGUCAAGUUCGGAAGCUCUUGAACACAUUAAGCAAGAAAGAUGCGCUAGUUUUGUUCUGCAAAGUCAGCCAGUGUUAUUUCGCUGCAUCGGGGACCUAUCGACUCUGCAAUGCAAAGAUACAUCGAAACCAGUAGAGUCAAUGCUAAGUCGAAGCAACGGCGAGACAUGCGUUCGAAACCCGAGAGAGGCUCAGAAGUCGCUACUGAACAGGGCGACAGCUCUCGAUUCCUACGUGGGGUGGAUCGCCGCCAGCUGGGUGACGUUCUUCACCAGAAAUGAACGAGAUACUCACGUUCUAUCGUCUCAGAUUGUACAGGACUUAGUACAGUCUCGCUGGUACAUGGCGGGCGCUCUGGUGGCCGUGGUAAUUGUCUGUUUCAUCUAUAUCCUUCUACUCAGAUGGGUUGUUACGCCCGUUGUAUGGGUCUCUAUUGCUGGAUUGUUCGCACUAAUUGGAUUCGCUACGUAUUUGUGUUAUAAAAACUACGAGUAUUACAAAGCGAAUCCAGUGGGCCUGUAUCAGACAACUAACCUGAAGGGUUACGCACAAAGUAUCUUCACCAAGAGUGAAACGUGGCUCGUGAUUCUAAUAAUUUUAGCGGUCUUCUUCCUGAUAUUGCUACUCGUAAUCAUUUUCUUGCGGAAGCGUAUAGUUAUUGCUAUCGCACUCAUACGUGAAGGAAGCAAAGCGGUAACCGCCAUAAAGUCCACAAUUCUGUUUCCUAUUUUCCCCUGGAUAUUACAAUGCGGUAUCAUCGUGUAUGGGAUACUGGUUCUCAUGUACCUAUUGUCGAUAGGCGAAUCGGCAUUUCGUGUCGUUAACCUUAAGAAUGACACAAAUUGCGACUGUGGAGAUCUUUACAAGGAGGAAGGAGCCGCGUGCAAUCCUGGAAAGUUCAUAAGUCAAUGCCACGACACAAGGUCUGGGAUACUGCCAUGUCAACUCGCCUCUUGUCACUUCACGGGCAUCGACAACCCUCAGAGUGUUAUAUACAUGCAUCUUGUCAAUUUACUGGGCUUUUUCUGGACAAUGUUCUUCAUAAGUGGCGUCGCUGAUAUGAUGCUAGCGAGUACAUUUUCUACCUGGUAUUGGACUUUCCGUAAGAAAGAUUUGCCAUUUUUCACACUCACCUCGGGAAUAUACAGAACACUAAGAUAUCAUUUGGGCACAGUGGCUUUUGGAGCUCUCAUUAUUGCCAUAGUGCGAGUUAUCAGGGUAAUUUUGGAAUACAUUGAUCACAAAGUGAAGAAGUUCGACAAUUCUUUCACACGAUGCAUCAUGUGUUGUUGUAAAUGUUUCUUCUGGUGUCUGGAAAAUUUUCUUAAGUUUGUUAACAAGAACGCCUACAUUAUGUGCGCGGUACAUGGAAAAAACUUCUGUAGAAGUGCCAACGACGCCUUCUCACUCCUAAUGAGGAACAUUAUUAGAGUUGUUGUACUGGACAAGGUAGCCGACUUCAUUUUCUUCCUGUCUAAGCUAUUGAUCUCGCUGGGCGUGGGAUUCGCUGUGUAUUAUUUGCUGGAGUGGAACUACGUAUACGAGGUGACGCGCGGCGAGCGCCUUCACUACAACCACGUGCCCGCCGUCAUCCUGUCCAUCGCCACCUACCUCAUAUGCACCAUUUUCUUCAACGUCUACUCCAUGGCCGUAGAUACGCUGUUUCUCUGCUUCCUUGAAGACUGCGAGCGUAAUGAUGGAUCUCCGGAGAAACCGUACUUUAUGUCGAAGAAUCUUAUGAAAAUUCUGGGUAAAAGAAACAAAAAAGCUAUAUAAAAUAAGUGCCAAAUUUUUCAACUGAUAAUUCUAAGAAAAUUUUUGUAGUUUUUUACGAAUUCGUAAUUGGACUAAAUUUUGAAAAAUCAUUUUUAAGAUAUCUUUUAUCUGUAUCUUUGAUAGAAUUAUUAUGUUAGAUAUUUUAACUCAAAGAGGGUGAGAUUACCUAAGAGCUGUAAUAUUAACGUUUUGGAAGUAAUUUACUAUUAAGUUAUGAUGUUUGUAUUCAUGUAUUUUCUAAGAAUUUUUCAUUAGUGUUAGUUGAGUAUUUAUAUUCAGUGGCAGAACAAUUAUUUUUAUAAAUUGUCUGAUUUUCUACUUAUUGUAAAAAUAUUUCUAUUAAAAAAUAAUUCCUA